AUGGCACCUGGUCGCCUUGCUUCGCCAUCUAUCGAUGCCCCUACCGGGCUUCCCACUGGGAAACCUUCUCCAUCGACCAACCUGAAGCCUGCCCCCAGCGAUAACUAUGGCUCAUACUACCCGGCAGACCCCAAUACACUGAGCCUGGAAUCAAAUUUCGGUCCCAUGGAGCCUGGGAGUGUCGGGUUUCUGCAACCAACUUCAGCCGAAACACCUCUUGAGAUCAUGCACGAAAGGUUUGAACGAGACGGGUAUCUAUUUGUCAAAGGUUGCAUAUCCAAAGACGCUUCUCUGAAAUGUCGCGAGGCAUAUUUCAAUCACAUGUCGCCUAGCGGUCUAUUGAAAGACGGCACCGCGCCCGUGGAAGGCAUAUUCUCCCACAAGGAUAGUCGAAAAUACCUACCCCCAGGAAAUCUACGUCGCCUUUUCGGCCUAAAAGACGACGCCGAGAGUGAAAAAUACUUAGAUCUCAUGAUUUCCGCCCACGAGGAACCGUUUUAUCUCGAACUAUGCGCCAAUCAAGACCUACGCGACUUUAUCACACGUUUCAAGGGUUGGGAAAACCCACAGAUGCUCCAGCGGACUAUGCUUCGCGCUUUCGUUCCGAAUAGUGAACUGACGCCAGUCCACUUUGACCAAAUGUACCUCAGAGCCGGUCCGCCCACAAGCUUGACGGCAUGGGUACCAAUCGGGAAUGUUUCGUUGGAAGGCGGUGGCUUGAUGUAUCUCGAGGGUUCAACCGACAUUGGCCAGAGAACUGAAGCUGAAUUUGCGCGGAACGCUCAUAAUCUUUCCGACGAGGAGCGGGUGAGUGCUUUCAAUAAGAACAUGAGUGAUGGAGGAUUUCUCAGUCGUGAUACUGUUGCCUACGGAAAGGAGAACCGUCGCAAGUGGCUGGUCGCUGAAUAUGAGGCUGGUGAUGUUAUUUUCCAUAAUCCUUGGAUGGUGCAUGCCAGUUGCAAGAAUAAGGAUCCAAAUAGCCAGAUCAGACUUGCGACCGACCUGCGAUUUGUGGAUCCAGAGAAACCCUAUGACCAGCGAUGGAUGAAAGUUUAUCGCCCGCUGGAUGGGCUUUAA